AGGAUGAACGCUCCUCCCGCCUUCGAGUCGUUCUUGCUCUUCGAAGGCGAGAAGAAGAUCACCAUUAACAAGGACACCAAGGUACCUAAUGCCUGUUUGUUCACCAUCAACAAAGAAGACCACACACUGGGAAACAUCAUUAAAUCACAGCUGCUGAAGGACCCACAGGUGCUGUUUGCUGGCUACAAAGUGCCCCACCCCUUGGAGCACAAGAUUAUCAUCCGAGUGCAGACCACACCUGACUACAGCCCCAAGAAGGCCUUCACCAAUGCCAUCACAGACCUCAUCAGCGAGCUGUCCCUGCUGGAGGAGCGCUUCAGGGUGGCCAUCAAAGACAAACAAGAAGGAAUCGAGUAGAGG